GGGCUGCGGCCGGCGUGAGCGAGCUGCCCCCGGGCUUGUGCAGCGCCGGCAGCCGGGGAGCGGGCUGCGGGGCCGGAGCUGGCUCGGUUGCGGUGCGGGCCCCAGCCCGGGAAGGGCCCCCCCCCGGCGGGUGGCUGCAUCGCGGCGUCUGGACAUCGUGUCUCAGAGCUGGGCGAGAUCACGCUGGCCCGAGCCGAGGCUUGUUGCGGGCGUGGGGUGGGUGGGGUCCGUGGUCUCAGGUGACCCUUGGGUGGGUCUGGCGUACGGCAGCCGCCGCAGCCGGCACUUGCUCCGUGUGCUUGGCUGGACGUAACUGAAUCUGGUCCAUUAUUUUCCGGUAUGUACCGGACCCCGUGGCUCACCUUUGGAGCGGCGGGUUCCGUUCAGCUGUAGGCACUGGCGGUGCUUGCUGUGUAAUGGACGAGGGGCCAGGGCUCAAAGGCACUGCGGGGCCGGGGCUCAAGCAACUUUUUUACAUUCAUAACUGGUCCAACAAGCCUGGCGGUGCCCGGGCUAUGAACUGCCAAGCCUAGAGGUGCCGGGGCUCACACCUGGCAAACCUUGGGACCAAUUAAGCACUGGAUGGGUCUGAUCCUGAGGCGUGAUGGGCAUGCACAGUUUCCUGUGAUUUUUCGGAGGAAUGUUGGGUAGUUCAGCACCUCUCAUAAAAAGGCCCAGUUUAUGUUGCUGUCUUCUCAGUUUUCCCGGCUCUAGUUUGCCUGGUAUCCAACGCUGUUCCCACUGAUUUCAGUGGAUUGGAUCCUCAGUGACCAGACCUGCUUAUCAAACCCAGGUCUCUUGCAUUGUAAAGCCGAGUGAACGUAGGGCUAGCCCAAAUAAGAGUCUGCUUUACUAGAGAUAAAUAACCGUUAAUUCUGGUAUUCUUAAAUCCUUCUUUUUAAUGUUUAUUUUAAGUGCAUCUAAUAUUUUUGUGAAUAUUUGAUGUUUCAGAUACAAUAGUAGUCUCUAUGGCUGCAAUUUACUCAGGAAUUCACCUGAAGCUGAAAAGUGCAAAAACCUCUUGGGAAGACAAAAUCAAAUUAGCUCACUUUGCAUGGAUUUCCCAUCAGUGCUUUCUUCCAAAUAAAGAACAAGUAUUACUUGAUUGGGUGAGCCAUGCAUUGGUUUCAUAUUACAACAAGAAACUUGAACUGGAGGAUGAAAUUGUUGAGAAACUUUGGAUGUACCUGGAUAACAUUCUCCAUAGCAGAAAACUACAGAAUCUCUUAAAGGAUGGAAAGACAAUCAACCUCAGUUUUUUGAUUGCACAGGUCAUAAAUGAAAGGAUAUCCGAGUCCUGUGUUCAAAAAUCCCACGGAAAUGUUGGUACAGUGCUAAGUUGUUGCAGGGGCAUCCUUUCCACUCCACCUCUCUCCAUCAUCUAUACAGCAAAAUGUGAGCUGAUGGUGAAUCUCCUAAGCAAGCUCUCCUGGCUGGCCUGUCAAUGGCUGACCUCAGAAGAUGCUGUGACCUCCCAGUUGUUUGAUGUCCUCCAGCUGACCUUUGGUCAGUACCUCCUGAUUCAGAGGCAACAGAUCAACCCAAAUCGUGUGUUUGGGCAAGUGACCAGCCACUUGUUUCAACCAUGUCUGUUCCUGAGGCAUUUGCUUAUGGCCAGAGCGUGGACACCAGCUGAUGAUGGCCGUGUACGUCAGCAUCUGAGCAGGGAAAUCCGAAACCAAGUAGAGGCUGUGCUGAAGGCUGGGAUUUUCCAGCCUGAGCUCUUGUCCUCUUACAGAGAGGAGCUCCUGCCAGAAAGGGAACCGCAACAGAAAAAGAAAAAGGCUCUUAAAACUAUUCUGAUGCCAGUCAAUACAGUGUUGUCCAAGUUCCAGGAUGCUAGCUUUUGUGAAUCAGCACUCCAGGUGAUCAUAGUAGCAAAUUCAGUACCUCUGCUUUAUAAGCUCUUUUUGGAUUCUUACUGUAAGGCAGAAAACCACAUGGUCUGUUUCCACAUGUUCACCAGGCUUUUUGGCUGUCUAAGGAUUUCUCACCUGCAGGAGGAUCUAUGGCAGAAGAUGCUCUCGCCAGUGGACUGGAGCACAGAACUGCUUGCUGUGGAACAGCUCCUGAACUUGGUGCUCAGCAAUGAUAUCUAUAAUGUUGCCGCUGACCGGAUCAGGCACAAAGAGACCCAGUUCCAGUUUUACCGCAAACUGGCAGAAAUGUUGGUGAAUCACUCACAGGCUUCCAUCCCAGCUUGGUUUAGGUGUCUCAAGACCUUGAUUUCGUUAAAUCAUUUAAUUGUCGAGCCUGAUCUGGAUGACCUUGUGGCCUCAGCUUGGAUUGAUGCAGAGGUCUCUGAGCCACGUACAAAGAAGCCCCAAGAGACUCUCAUAAAUGCCUUGUUUCAGACUUACACGAAGCUGCGACAGUUCCCUAAAUUCUUUGAAGAGGUUCUCUCUGUGAUCUGCCGUCCAGCUGCUGAUGAGUUAAGGCUGCCAGUCUUGUCUGCUGGGCUGAUGGCAAAGCUUCGUGAGUGCCUCCUCGAGCUGCCACCCAACCAGAUUCUGGAUAUUUUGUUCCUCAUAUUGGAGAAGUGUCAGACUCAAAUAAUUCCUGAUGUUAAAGAUGAUUCUGAUGUGGCACUGAAGCUGUUGUCUGUGAUCUCUGUGCUUCACACUUUUCUGUUCAACAUGAAGAGUUUGGAUAAUGUCACCCCAUUACCUGUUGUUCUUCGCACUCAGAGUCUGUUGGACAAGAUGCAGAGAGAAGUAAUCCAGCCAUUGCUGGACCUAUUGAAGAAUCACUGGGCAGACGAAAAUAAACCAGGGCUUUGGCUAGAAAAGGUCAGUGAUUCUGCGCUCCUCCUUGUCUGCACAUGGGUGGAGGUUGACGCUCUGCUUAGUAGAAACUGCAGCAAAUAUGUGUCUCGACUGGCUGACGCAGCUGGUGGUGUUACUGACUGUGCUGCAGAGAGCUGGGACUUCUCAGCCCUUCUCCCUGGCGUGGAUAGACAGUGUUGGAAGAGGGUAGUGAGAUUCUCAAGUAGUUUCUGCUCACCUAGUAAAUAUUGCUUAGAACUGCUCAUGCUUCAGAAAAUAAAAAAGAUCUUAAUGCAAACCAAUUUUCAGACUGAGGCUGAUCUUCGCACCUUGCAGCAUGCCGCAGCUUUCAUCCUUCAUUCUGGAAGAUCAAGCAUGAGCACAGAAGAGUCCGAACCUUGGAAUGGCAACAUUAGUGCAAUAAAUGCUCUCACCUACCCCACUGCACAUUGGUACCUUGUAGUCUCAAAUCUAACAAUCCUGAUUCCUCAUCUUUCUCUGAAAGAUGUAGAGUAUAUUGCUGAUGUGCUUCUGAAGACUUUAUCAUCAACUAGAGCUCCAGGAGUUUCUGCAGAUCAGGAUUCCUUCAUCACAGCUGAAAAGGUUUCUAAAGCUUUGCUGCAUAGUAUUUUUCUUCCAGAAAUUAAGGUGCUUCACUGUGCUUUUAUAAGCCGAGUUAUUCAGCAGUGCUCUAGUGUGUUGUGUUCUGUUACUCAGGGCAUUGCAGAUCAGCCUAUUCAACAGCUGUCUGCAGUUAAUAUACCAUGGCAUGAGGAAGUCCUCUCAUCUUGCAAAAUGGUUUGCAUGGGGGAGGCACAGUCAGAAAACAAUCAAUCAAAGGAUGAACCCUUCAUUUGCUGGACAACAAUGAAAAACAUUGCUCAACAUAUAUUGUUGUUAACAAGGGCCGGUUCCCCCAUUACUUUGGAAGAAGACCAGAUAGAAAGCUUUUUGCAUUUACUAGAGAUGAUUUCAGCAUUGAAACUUGACAGUCUUUUUCCUUCAGACCAUACCCGUUGUUUUCUCUUGCUGCUAUCCUUGGUAGCCAAUACCAGAGCUAACAUCUCUUGCAGUAAGUUGCUAUCAUUGAAGUUUCUAAUUACCUGCUUCCGUCUCCUAACAUGCCUACAGACUGGCAGAAGUGUCAACUCUAUCUUUAAAGUUUUUCAUGCCAGUGAUGCUCUCGAGGCUGUUAUGACCGCCCUGUUUGCAGCCAGCAAUUGCUUUGCUGAUGUUUUGACCACUCCCACCUGGGCAGAAUUUCUCCAGGUGAUCCAAACCUUUUUGGAAUGCUUUCUUCAGAUGAUUGUCAAAAAGAAGCAGAGCCUGAAACUCAAUUUGGAAAAGUUCACUUUUUUCCUAGCGAGCUGCAAACCAUAUGCUGAUGCAGACAGAGGCAAUCGCUGGAACGCUGCAGUCAAUCAGCUGUUCCUAGUACCGCUAACCACACUCUGCCAUGUUCUGACUCUGUACCUCCAGCAGCAGCCAGAGAAGAAACAACAACUGACAGAAAUGCUGUCUGCUUUGUUGGAGCCAACAGUCCUCCAGACAGGAACAGCUAUCCAGCACUGCCUUAGAAACCUCACCAAAGACCAGCCGUUGCCUUUGACAUUCAUCCCAGCUGUCUCAACUCUACUGAAAGCAGAUCUGAGCUACAUGUACAUUGGUGGCUUUAUGAAAAUGGAAGGCAAGCAAGAGAAUCCUAAAGACCCAGGAAAAUAUCGGGAGUAUUCCCACACUGAACUGUAUCAAAAGUUUUACACUCAGAUACUGAGAGAGCUGACCUCUGUGGAAGGCCAUCUCCAGUUCUUUCACUCUGCCUUGCAGUUUUUAACUGUUUUCUGCUCAGUAACAGAUCUGUAUCCUGGAGAAGAGACUGCUCUCACUGUGUUCCAUGCUGUAAAAAAACUACUUGCUGGCCCUGGCACCACAGUCCAGGUGAUUCAAGAUCUAGAAAUGCAGCUGACAGAAUUGAUGACCCAGCUGGUGGAGAGCUGCACUACUGAGGAGUUCUGUGUUAUGAUGAGGCUGGUGCUCCAAGGACUUGAAGUUAGCAAUAUUUGGAAACAAAAUCCUAAAGAAGUAUUGUCAGCUGUUACGCUAACCAAAUUGCUGCUCAGCUGCCCGUUAACUGGAGAGAAAGAGAAAGCUUUCUGGUUUACCAGCCCACAGAUAAUCACAGCUUUAGUUCUACAAACCAAAGAGGCUUGUCAGGACCAGUUGCUGAUUCCCACCAUUGUUGUUCCUAUACUGGAGACAGUAGCAGCCCUGCUGAGGCAAGGAGAAAAGAUUCUCUCCAAUCCCCAUCACGUGACACUGGCAUUCAGCAUUCUUCUGACUGUCCCUCUGGAUCAUUUGAAGAUGGAGGAGUAUGGGAGCAUCUUCCUGGGAAUUCAUGAAGUGCUGUUUUCCAUACUGCAGUGUCACCCUAAGGUGACCUUACUUCCAGCUAUAAAGAAACAUCUAACUGAGGGAAUGUAUCACAUCCUAGACCUUUGCAUUGAACGUGACAUCAAGUUCUUAAACGCAUCGCUACAGAUGGGUGUAAGAGAAGUCUUUAAGGAAUUGUACAAUGAUUAUACCCACUACCACAAAACUAAAAAACAUGGGGAGAAAAAGUACACUGCGUGAUGUAUCCUUCCUAACAUUUGCAUAAUCAAUAAGAACUUGAUCUUGUGUGGAGCUGAGAAACUUCAGCUCUGAUUAAGUUCAGGAUGAUCAACACAUUGCAGGACCAUGCCAUCAAUUGUUUUGCUAAAAGUAAAAUAUUGAAUAUGUCCCUGUAUAACUGGCCUCGACAUCUCUGGUAAGAAAAGGACACGUGCUUAAGCCUCGGCCCUGCUGCAGCUGUGCAGAGCCCCAUUGAAAUCUCUCUCUGCAGCCUGUAUAUGUGCUGCUUGUUUCAGGAUCUGGGGCCUUGUGUAAUUUUCCUGUGCAAGCAAAGAAUGUACUGAGUGAAAACCUUCAGUUAUUAUGCAACUGCCCUGCCCUGUUGUUUACAAUGGGGAGCGGCGCUAAAUAAUGGUAGAGUGCCCCACACCAUACUUUUUUUUACAUUCAUGCCAAAUAAAUUUAUUUGUAUGCAACUGUAAAAUAUUCAGUCAGCUUCUGUUACAAAAUUGUGUAAAUACAGAUUUUUAGAAAACCUGAA